GACGAAAUGGAAUCUCCACGGUUAAAUAGCGAUCGUGUGGAAACAUUACGAGCAGACAACCCUCGACUUGAAGUGAUUCAACCAGAAGCUUCACGAAUAAGUGCAUAUAAUAAUAUGUAUUCUCUAUCCCAUGCUAGUACUUCAAGCUCACCCCACCUUCAACUUCCACGAACAACGGUUUUGCGGCGAACAACUUCAAGUUUAUCUUUUCAAGCUUCAGAAAAGAACGGUCAUAUCCAUUCACAUAAAAAUUAUCAUGAAAAUGUGCUUCAUGAAGGACACUAUCAUAGUUCUAAUAUUAAACAUCUACCAACAUUAUCAUCUAUAUUUUCAUCGUUGCCUCCUUCACAAAAAACAUUAUUUACCUGGGGAUCAGUACAUCUUUUUCUGGGAAUUCUGCUAUGGCUAAAAGGCCAAUGGGGUUGUGGAUUAGCUCUCACCGGAUUUGCUUAUCUCGUAAUAUUCGAUGCUUUGGGCGUAUUUACAAUUUUUAUUUCAUCAGUUAUCGCAACAUAUCGAUCGUUAAGAGAAUCUAGUAUACGGAAUCCUUAUGGUGUUCAACGGUAUGAAAUAUUAUUUGGAUUUAUGAAUACAUUAUACCUCUUAUUUGUUGCUUUAUAUAUGUUGAAAGAAGGGUUAGAACAUUUCAUAUUAGAAACAAGUGAGGAACAUGUUGAAGGUCACAGUCCAGAUUUUCCAAUGGUUUGGGUUUUAUCGGCCUUAGGAGCAACAUUGAUUUCGGCUAUUGGUUAUCGUAACCACAAAGGAUUUUCUGCAUUAUCCCGAUCAACAUCGUCAAUGAUAGGAACGCAGUCUAAUUUAUUUACAUUAGCAACAUUACUUUGUGGUGCUAGCGUCAUCUUGGUUGGAGUCCUUACAGAGCAAAAUCAUUCUUUAGGAUGGCUAGAUAAAUUAGUAUCGAUAUUGGAAUCGAUACUGAUGUUUUAUCUUGCAGGUCCCGUUGCUGUUGCAUUAGGCAAAAUUUUGUUACAGACUACACCGGAUAUAGAAUUAAGAAGUUUAGAAGCGUGUUUACGAGAGAUUCAACUUGAUCCAACAAUUUUAUCGUUAACAGCGACGCAUUUUUGGGCAAAUUCAUACGGACAAUUGGUUGGCACGAUAUGUGUACAGAUUAAACCAGAUGCUAAUGAACAAACUGUGUUAGCAUGUGUUUAUUCUCGGUUAAGUCCGUUAUUUGUAAGCGGCUUUAGUGAAUUAACUGUUCAAAUUGUAAAAUAA